UAUAAACCUAAGAUUCUUGUAUAAUUCAUGGAAGCAGUUUUUCAAUAUACAUUCAGUUUCCACAUGUUCCAUUCCAGACUCUUGGACAUAUUAAAUUGUAGAUUAUGUUUAUUGCUAACAUCAAGUAGCAUUGGAAAAAUAAAACCAAUUCCGUUGCCGGGAAUCGAACCCGGGUCUCCUGGGUGAAAGCCAGAUAUCCUAACCGCUGGACGACAACGGAAGAGUUGUUGGUGACAAACAACUAAAAAUAGUUGAUUGCAUGUUAUUUUGAGUGAAAAGUGUGUUUUAAAAACGCCUCAGCUCAGACUCCCCCAAUUUUAGCAGCAGAGAGACUCCCUCGAUCGAAUCACAUUCGUGAAAAUGGUAAAUCAGAAGUUACCGGAACUAAAUUUCAGUUUUUGGUUUUCAACUUAUCAUAUUACUCUUAUUUGUUGUUAGAUACUGAUUGAUUGAUUUCAAUGUCAGCUUCCUCUUUCUGGUGGGGAAUGAGGUUGUCGAUAUAUCAUUUUCAACAGUUCGGUAAUUGGAUGGAAACAGAGUUUGGCAGAAGGGAAGCAUUUUUUUUUUUCUUUUACAAACCGAUCAAGUGGAAAAAUCCGUCUUGCUGCACUGCCUAUAGGAUGAUGAUGGUGGAGGGAAGGCUGCUAAUGAGGAAAAGAUUCAGUGUUUCCUUGAUGUGAAACUUUUAAACAUAAAGUGAAUGACCCUAGGUCCCUUCAGUUGUGAUGGUCCACUUUUGCUGUCUCUGAACUUCAAAUUGUAUCUCAUAAUUCUGUUUUAGAUCCCCUGAUUGUGCUUUUUACCUCUCAAUCAGUUAACCUAAGCCAUGAUUUCGUUGUGAAAGUGAAACUACAAUUUCCAUCAUUGGCUAAGUGCUUCCUUGAAAAAAAGCAAGAGCCGUAAGAUGAACUAAAACAAACACGAGUGGAAAAAAAAAAAGAACAAAAAUCUCAUCACUUAGGAGCACGUAUCUCAUCUCUUCGAUACUUUGACUUUUAUGUUAUAACCGUUGUCUUCAUUCGGAACACAAUCAAACCGGAGCAACCUUGAGCAUGUUACUCCACCUCAUAAGUUACUAUCAGCACGGUACCCCAGAAAGAAAAUCCAGAAAAAAAUAGUAAAAAUGGAGAAAUACUAUUAAUCAACUAUCAUUAGCAUCCAAAUCAUUGAUCUUCAUCUCUUCUUUAUUAGCUUAUCUUGCAACUGCCACCUUAUAGUCGCAACAGUAAUUGGAUGCUUCAAACUCAAAAAGAGAAAAAUGGCUGAAAUCAAAGCAGAAACUGCUCACCACGCUCUGGCCAUCCCUGAGACUGACAUCUCAGCUCAGAAACCUCACAAAACUCAGCGUGUUGCCUCACUGGACAUUUUCAGAGGCCUUACUGUGGCGCUGAUGAUUCUAGUAGAUGAUGCUGGAGGAGAGUGGCCUGUGAUUGGACAUGCACCAUGGCAUGGCUGCAACGUUGCUGAUUUUGUUAUGCCGUUCUUUCUUUUCAUUGUUGGCAUGGCCAUUCCUUUUGCUCUUAAGAGAAUACCAAGUAGGAGUAAAGCUGUCAAGAAGGUGGUUUUCAGAACUUUGAAGCUCCUCUUUUGGGGUCUAUUAUUACAAGGAGGGUUUUCUCAUGCUCCUGACAAGCUAACAUAUGGCAUCGAUAUAAAAAUGAUAAGGUUCUGUGGCAUUCUACAGAGAAUUGCUUUUGCAUAUUUGGUAGUGGCACUUGUGGAGAUUUUUCUGAAAGAUGCACAAUCCAAAGACAUUUCAGCUGGUCAUUUCUCGGUGUUUAGGUUAUGCCGUUGGCAUUGGCUGGUGGGUGCAUGCAUACUUAUUAUGUACUUGGCUUUACUUUACGGAAUGUAUGUUCCUGACUGGCAGUUCACUGUCCCUAAUCAGGAUAGUGCCGAUUAUGGGAAGGUUUUCACUGUACCCUGCAAUGUAAGAGGAAAACUGGAUCCUCCUUGUAAUGCUGUUGGAUAUAUUGACAGAGAAGUUUUAGGGAUCAAUCACAUGUACCGACGACCUGCAUGGAGAAGAUCUAAGGCUUGCACUGAGGAUUCCCCUUACGAGGGGCCAUUUAAAAUUGGCGCUCCAUCAUGGUGCCAUACACCUUUUGAACCUGAAGGGAUUCUAAGUUCAAUAUCUGCUAUUCUUUCUACAAUCAUUGGAGUGCAUUUUGGACAUGUUCUUGUACAUUUGAAGGGUCAUUCCGAAAGAGUGAAGCAGUGGAUCAUGAUGGGAUUUGCUCUUCUUGUUAUAGGAAUUCUUCUACAUUUUACUCAUGCAAUUCCUUUAAAUAAACAGCUAUAUACAUUUAGCUAUGUUUGUGUUACAUCUGGAGCAGCAGCACUUGUUUUCUCAGCCUUCUAUAUUCUGGUUGAUAUUUGGGAUUUGAAGUACAUGCUUCUGCCAUUAAAAUGGAUUGGCAUGAAUGCAAUGCUGGUUUAUGUCAUGGCAGCUGAAGGGAUCUUGGCUGGUUUCAUAAAUGGAUGGUACUACGAUGAUCCACAUAAUACACUGGUAUAUUGGAUUCAAAAGCACAUAUUCAUAGGGGUUUGGCAUUCAAGAAGAGUAGGCAUUCUACUGUAUGUUAUAUUUGCAGAGAUCCUCUUCUGGGCUAUCAUAGCAGGCCUUUUGCACCGAUUAGGAGUUUAUUGGAAGCUUUAACAUAAUUUCCCAAUGCCAUAUACUCCAGAAUUGUAUUUAAUUAUAUGGGAUAUACACUGCAUUACAAGUGUAUGAUCAUUGUGCGUUAAUUGAGUUAUUUUAUUCCACCUCUUAGAACGAAAAGAACUUAAACUAAAAUAUUUAAUAGUAUGACGAUAUAUUUAUGCAAAACUUCUAUCUGUGGAUAGUCAAGUGAAAUUCAAUCCACAAAAUAAUUUGAUCUACAGAUAGUAUAA